CCAAAGGUCAGCAGUCAUCUGCUGUACUGUCCGCAGUCUCUGGUCAUCUCCUGUACUAUGUCCGCAGUCUCUGGUCAUCUCCUGUACUAUGUCCGCAGUCUCUGGUCAUCUCCUGUACUGUGUCUGCAGUCUCUGGUCAUCUCCUGUACUAUGUCCACAGUCUCUGGUCAUCUCCUGUACUGUGUCCGUGGUCUCUGGUCAUUCCCUGUACUAUGUCCGCAGUCUCUGGUCAUCUCCUGUUCUGUGUCCGCGGUCACUGGUCAUUCCCUGUACUAUGUCCGCAGUCUCUGGUCAUCUCCUGUACUAUGUCUGCAGUCUCUGGUCAUUCCCUGUACUAUAUGUCUGCAUUCUCUGGUCAUCUCCUGUACUAUGUCUGCAGUCCAUUAGUUCAGAAUUUUUUUUUCCUGUUUUCUGCCUCUAA